AUGACUGAAGAUCAAGGAACUGGAAGUGAUACCAAGAAAAGACAGUGGAAUCCUCGCUUCAACAAGAUACAGGCAGAUGUUUCCUCAUUUGCUGUGAUGGUAUAUGGCAAAGAUCAGAGAGUAAUUCUUAGAGCCAUAAAUGACCUCGAAGGAAAGCUUGAUGACACAUUUAAACGAAAGGCAAUUGAAAAUGACAUCAUAAAAACUUUCACACCAGUUCAGGAAAAGGAACUGAUGAAAUUAAGGGAAACGUUACAGAUUGAAGUAACAAUUGAAAAAAGACUUGGAAGAAUUCAACUGCUAGGAUUACCUGAUGCCAUUUCAAAUGCAGUAGAUAUGAUACAUAGCUUGAUGUUGGAAGUUCAGCGCCGCAACCAGGCAGAGCAAGAAGCACAACUGAUAUCAGAUAUGGUUCAAUGGUAUUUUAUUGACGCGACACCAAAUGGAGAAGAUCUAAUAAAAUAUGAGCCAUCUGUGAACCGAAUAUUAGAGAGAGGACAUAGGGACAGUAAAAAUGAAGUGGAAUUCAUGGACAAUCAGAAGAAGAUUUAUGUGGUGGACUUACAAACUUAUGAAGAAUAUGUCAAAACUGAUCCUAAUGACAAGGUCAAGAUCAUCAGGCGAUGCCAUAUGACAGGACUGGAGGGAUAUUUCUCAAACUUCACAUAG